GUAAAUGGUUGCAGUUUUGUGACAACAACAGCUAUACCUGCAGACUUAAUCAGGGAAGAAGAAUUUGGAGUUGGAGAGAUUUGUUCUGAUCGUGGAAUGCAGCACUGUCACAUGCAGCUAGAGGUGAUGGAGAAUGAAUUGGCUGGGAAGCAACAAGAGAUUGAAGAGCUAAACAGAGAGCUAGAAGAAAUGAGGGCAGCCUAUGGUACAGAAGGAUUGCAACAGCUGCAAGAAUUUGAAGCUGCUAUCAAAAAAAGAGAUGACAUCAUUACUCAGCUCACUACUAACCUACAGCAGGCACGGAAAGAAAAGGAUGAAACUAUGAGGGAAUUCUUAGAGCUUACUGAACAAAGUCAAAAACUGCAAAUUCAGUUUCAGCAUUUGCAGGCAAGUGAAGCCCUAAGGAACACCAGCCAUAGCUGCACGGCUGCUGAUUUAUUGCAAGCCAAGCAGCAGAUACUUUCACAUCAGCAACAGCUAGAAGAACAAGAAUGCCUGCUGAAGAAUUAUCAAAAAAAGAAUGAAGAUUUUGAAGUGCAGAUUACACAUCUUCAAGACAAAAUCACAACAUAUGAAAUGGAAAAACACAAAAAUUAUUCGAGUAAACUACAAGAAAAAGAAGCAUUAGUUGAAGAGCUGGAAGCAAAGCUUGGAGAAGAAGAAAAAAAUUCAUUUCAGCUUAAGGAAAAAUUAUCAGAUGUCAGUAAAUUACUUGAAGAAUUGAAAGAACAGAUUUCGCUAAAGAAUCAGGAGAUAAGUAAUAUUAGAGUUGAACUUGCCACCUACAAACAGAAAGAAAGACAAUGUUCUGAUGAAAUAAAACAAUUAAUGGGAACUGUGGAAGAAUUGCAGAAACAAUGUUAUAAAGACAGCCAGUCUGAAGCUGACAUUGUGCAAAGAAUGGAAUUAGAAACACAAAGGAAACUGGCACAGCUUCAGGCUGAAUUAGAUGAAAUGCACGGCCAGCAGAUUGUACAAAUGAAGCAAGAAUUAGUUAAGCAACAUGCAAUGGAAGUAGAACAGCGUCUUUUGCAACAAAAAGUAGAACUGGAGAAAACUUCAGGUCUGUGUUUGAAUGAGAACAUUAAUAAAGAUCAAAUGCAUUUAAUGAAUAUUAAAAUAAAUGAGUUGAAUGUGAAACUGCAAGAUGCUGAUAAUGAAAAGGAAAAAAUAAAGCGAGAAUUGUCACAACAGAUGGAAGUCAUUUCAGCAGAGAAGUCUCUUCAGGAAACUAAAAUUGAAGAUCUUUUCCAAGAACUUAAUUUUUCAAGAGAGCAGGUUCAAAGAGCCAAACAAACUAUAGUGGAUAUGGAAUGUAGAUUAAAUGAAGCUGAAAAAUACCAGUUUGUGAUUGAAGAUUUAAAAACUCAGCUGGCUUCUGCCUCUGAAUUUAGGAAGGAAUUGGAAUUAAAACAUGAGGCAGAAGUCACAAAUUACAAAAUAAAACUUGAAAUGCUAGAAAGGGAGAAGGAUGCAGUUUUGGACAGGAUGGCAGAAUCUCAAGAAGCAGAAUUAGAGAGACUGAGAACAAAGCUUCUGUUCAGUCAUGAGGAGGAACUUUCCAGACUUAAAGAUGACUUACAAAAAGAGCAUGUGGUGAACAUGGAAAGCCUUAAAGAUAACUUGAAUAUGCACCAUAAACAGCAGUUAGAUGAGGUACAAAAUGAAAUGAGUCAAAAGAUAGAAGCCAUGCAGUAUGAAAAGGACAACUUAAUCACAAAGCAAAACCAGCUGAUAUUAGAGAUUUCAAACCUAAAAGAUAAACAGCAGUGUAUUGUAAAUUCUAAAUGUGAAGAAAUGACACUUCAAAUCCAUGAGCUGCAGGAGGAGAUUGAAGUGCUUAGGCAAGAGAAAAAAGAAAAAGGUACUCUUGAAAAAGAAAUUCAAGAGCUGCAGUUUAAGACUGAGUUGAUGCAGGAACGAAUGAGGGAAAUUCAAAAAAAAUGUUCAGAACUUGAAACACAAAAUAACCUUCUUAAGAGGGAGAACAAAACUCUGGAAGAUAAAUUAAAAAGUAUGUUGGUAAGCUCUGAAGAAAAUGUCAUUUUUAACAACAGUGUUAACUCUAUGUCAGAAAUUGUGGACUUGCAAAAAAGGAUAGAAAAGCUGAUUACUGAAAAUGAGCAACUUAAAAACCAAAAUGUUCAACUCCAAGAGGACACUGAAAGGCAGAAGAGUGCCUUUUCAUUUACUGAGAAAAAACUUGAAGCUAAUUAUAAAGAGCUGCAGAAAGAAUGUGCAAGUCUUCUGAAGGCAAAAACUGAGUUAGAAGAGAAUAAGAAUAAGCAGGAAGCUGAAUAUAAAAGCAAGCUCAAAGCUUUGGAUGAGAAACUUCACAACUUACAAAGCGAUAGACCGGUUUUAUCUAAAAUUAAAACGUCUGGUUUUGAAGGGAGUAAAGAAAUCAAGGUGUCCAGGGCAGAUACAUUUGAGGCUGGAGAAGUUGUUGAGAAAGAUGUGACAGAACUUAUGGAAAAGCUUGCGGUUACCCAGCAUGAGAAACUGGAAUUAUCCCUGAGACUUUCUGAUCUCUCUGAACAGUUGAAGUCAAAGCAUAGUGAAAUUCUUAAUUUAAAUGAAAAAGUUAAAUCCUUAAAAGAUGAGAAAGAACGAGUUCUAGCAAAUUUUAAAGAACUAGAAGUCAUAAUUAGCCAUACUCAGAGAGGAAAUAGUAGUAGUAAUGACCCUAAGAUAAAAUGCUCUAAAGGAAAAGCUCUAGGGACUGCUGCUCCAGCAUCUGAAAGUAGAAAUAAAAGCACUAGUCCAAGGAAUAAGGUUGAUGAACGAAUAAAUGUAAGAGGAAAUCUAGGUUCAGGUGAAGAUAUCAGUCAUGAGGUAACAAAAAGAAAGGAUGUUCAGCAAAUGUUGGAACCAGAAGAUCAGUCUCUUGUAGAAGAUUUUUAUGGGAUGACAGACAGGCUGACAGAUGAAACAUCUCUAAUAACCAUUACGCAGAGUGAAAACAAUCUUCAGCAGCAAGUGGAUGCCUUAAAAUCAGAACAGACUGAUUUACAGCUACAGAUGGAAGCACAGCGCAUUUGUCUGUCCCUGGUUUAUUCAGCUCAUGUAGACCAGGUUCGUGAGUGCCUGAAAGCAGAAAAAGAGAAUGCACUUUGCAGUCUUAAAGAGGAACUUGUACGUACUCAUCUACAAGAGAUGAACGAUCUUAAAAAAGUGCAUCAGCUGGAGCUCCAGAACUUGAAACUUCAACAAGCAGACGAUGAAGUCAAAUCUACACAAAGGCUUAUAGAAAAGCUGAAUGAAGCUGUAACUGAGGAAUGUUCUAGGCUUGCUCAGGUUUUGUGUGACAAUCAGAAUGAACUUUCUUUACCUGCUGUAGAAGCUGGUGAUCGGGAACAGGAUAUUUUCCAUAGACCUGCUGCUGUGAAAGAAAAACUGAGUGUAGAAUUACCAAUACACAGAGGUCAAGCUCAAGCUGUGCGAGAACAUGUGGAUGCACUUCUGCACAAGAUAAUGGAAGAAUACACUAGGCUGAAAGCACUUCAAACACAGCUGAUGAAGGAUUGUAAACAGGUCAAAGAACCUAAACAAUCUUCUUCAGAAAGGAGGAAAGAAGAAGAACCUAGCCAUCUGGAAACAAAAAAGGAAUGUCUUCAGACCCCUUCACAAGGUCUAAUGGAUCCUGCAAUUCAAGAAUACUGUUUGAAGGAGAUAGGGAACCUUAAAACACAACUUGAAGAACAGCAUGCUCAAGAACUGGAACACCUCCGGUCCUAUUUCCAGCAGCAACUGAAAGAAAGUGAAAAGCGGUACACUACAGAGAUUGUCCAUCUGCAGGAUAAGCUUCAGGGUGCUGGGGUACCCUCUGGCCAUAUGAGUGUAUCCACGGAUUCACAAAAAAAGCUAAAGGAAUUCUUCAGGAAAGUGAAAUGCGCUGAAAAUCUACAUCAGCAAAGAGCAGAUGAAGCACCGGAGCUUGCUGGUGAAAUGGAAAUGCGGAAUGAUCUGGAGGUUGUUCAGUUGCUAGAAAAACUGUACCAAGAAAGAUUAGAAGAAGAAAUAGCAAAGGUAAUUGUGUCAAUGAGUGUAGCAUUUGCCAAACAGACUGAAUUGUCAAGAAUUGCUAGGCAGAAGGAAGAAGAGGCACAAACACAGGUUGCACAUCAACAGGGAAUACCUUUUGAAAUUAAAAAGCAAUGUACAGAAGAAGAGGUCGAUGGCCCUCUUAGAAAAGCAACAGAAAAAGACAGUAAGUGUGAAGAAGAAUUUAAAUCACUUUGCAAGGAACUCAGUGAAGAGUCAGGUGAGAUCAACUCACUUGGAGAAGAGCUUCAUUCUAAUAGCAAACCUGAUUGCAUAUUAGGACAGACCACACAAGAAUCAGUGAUUUCUGAGGAACUCUUUUCCUGUGUCAAAGGGUUUACGGCAGAAGAAACACUGCGCAACAGUGAGAUGACAGCAUCAGACACAGAAACGUCAAGUCAGCUGUUGUUAUAUGAGGAACGUUUGGAAGACAUGCGACAGGAGCUAGUCCGGCAAUAUCAGGAACAUCAGCAUGCAACAGAAUUGUUGAGACAAGGGCACAUGCAGCAAAUGGAACGUCAAAAAGAAAAUCAAGAGCAACUCUUGGCCGAGCUUGAGAGCCUUAAAGUGCAAUUAGCUGAGCGUGUCUCAAUGGAGAGUGACAGCCUGCUUGCAGAGAGAGAGAGAAUGCUUUUAGAAGAACUGGAAUCAUUAAAACAACAUUCUGUACCCGGAAAGGAGAGGCUGUUUAGUGAGCUACGAAACAACAGCACACAAACAGAGAAUGAAAAUGAAGACCAAAAUGAUGUGAGAGAGCAGAUCUUUGAGGAUGAAGAUGGCGGAGGAAAGCCUGAUGAAACAUCUUCAGCUCUUCUUUCUAAAGAAAGGCAUGUUUUUCAGAAAGCUAAUGAGAAACUCAUGAAGAUUCUUUUGGAAGUUGUGAAGACAACUGUGGCCAUGGAGGAGACAAUUGGUCGCCAUGUUCUCGUGUUACUGGAUCGGACUGGGAAAGUCCAGCCUUCCAAACCAGUUGGAUGGGAUGCAGAAACAGAGGAGUUAGUAAAACCCUGUGUCCAUGUGGGAUAUGAAAAAGAGUCCUGUUCUUCAUAUCAUGGUAGUAGUGUGGGAGAUGAUGAUAUUAACAUGUGGUCAGGAGCAACAGAUGAAGGACUGCUGAGCCAACAUCUUGCAGAAAGUGGAGUGGAAAUAGAUCCCGAAAAUGAAGAACUCAUUCUGAAUGUUAGUUCUCGACUACAGUCGGCUGUUGAAAAGCUUCUGGAAGCUAUCAAUGAAACUUCAAAUCAGCUUGAACACGCUAAAAUUACUCAGACAGAACUCAUACAAGAGUCCUUCAAAAAGCAACAGGAGGCCACAGAAUUUAUAAAGUAUCAGGAAGAACUACAAGAACGUCUUAAUGAAGAAACCAAAGCCAGAGAGCAAUUGGCUUUGGAGCUUAGUAAAGCUGAAG